GAGGCGCCCCGAAUGAGGGGCGAACAGAGACCCCUCGGCGUGGCGAAGUCCGCUGCGCUCUGCCAAGUCCCGGCCGUCUCUCCCCGCCCCGGGACGAGGAGCCCCGGGGCGGCCUACACCCCGAGCGCAGGCUCCGCUGUCGUCUGUGGCGGGGAGAAGCCACGGGGUCCCGGCCGGGACGCUCGGCCGGGCCUACUCCCCGCUUGGGGCCUGUUCUCCGCCUGGGACCUGCCCUCAACCCUCGUCGCCUGCUACUCGGCGCGAUCGGAGGCCACUCCUCGCAGCUGCUUCUCGCACUCUCACCCCUCCUCCCCUCCCGCCAAAUCCCGACCCCGGGCCCCAGCAAGUUAGGGUCUUGGGCUAAAUCCGCCCCUCCCCCUCCCCCGUUUUUGUCAGCCGGGAGCUAAGAAGGUUUUACAUUUUUUUAAUGGCUGUGAAGAAUAUUUCACAUAAUUUGUGACAGUUGUAUGAAAUCAGAUUCUCAUGUCCGUAAAUGAAGUUUUAUUGGAACACAGCCGUGUUCAUGGUUUAUGUAUUGCUUAUGGCUGUUUUCCUUCUACAAGAGCAAAGUUGAGUAGUUGCAACAGAUAUCUGAUGGCUUUGAUCCCUUGGCGCACGAAGCCGAAAAUGCUCUUGGCCUUUCACAGAAAAACUGUGGCGGCCCCAGCUCUAGACACAAGUAGACCGGGUCAGUGUUGUCCUUCAGGGAUUCCUCAGGUCCCUUCUCACGGAGUGGGAAACUCGAGUUACAACUGCCCUAUGCACCCAGAGCUCUUUAUUUGACCAACCACUCUGGCUUCCAUUACCUUUUCUGGUCUUAUUGGUGUAUUAUUCAAAAUGGAAUUGUUUCUUCUACUUUGAAUAACAAUAAUACCAUUCUACCGAGCGCCUACGAGAGGCAGUGGAUUUUUAAGAAUAUAGACCUCAGAGCCAGACUGCCUGAGUUUGGAGCCCAGGUCUGCCACACACUAGUUGUGUGACCUUAGUUGUCAACAAAAAUGUGAAAUAGCUCUGACCACAAUCCUGUAGUUAAUGCUCAAAGUACCUCCCUCUGGAUCAUUGGUGGCUCUUCGUAUUUUUUAAUCUGAUGAAAGACUGACCAGAAAUGACCCCAAAGCAACAUUUUAAGAUCUAGUGCUGAUCCUCACAAAGUGAUUCUGGAAGAAGAGAGGAAAGGAAGUCCUCAGACAGAGCUGAUGCGAUGGAGCUCCCCAACUAUAGCCGGCAGCUGCUGCAGCAGCUCUACACGCUGUGCAAGGAGCAGCAGUUCUGUGACUGCACCAUUUCCAUUGGUACCAUUUACUUCAGGGCCCACAAACUUGUCCUGGCUGCUGCCAGCCUCCUGUUCAAAACCCUGCUGGACAACACAGACACCAUCUCCAUCGAUGCAUCUGUCGUGAGCCCUGAGGAGUUUGCCCUCUUGUUAGAAAUGAUGUACACUGGCAAACUACCUGUGGGCAAACACAACUUCUCCAAAAUCAUCUCCUUAGCCGACAGCCUACAGAUGUUUGAUGUGGCUGUUAGUUGUAAAAAUCUUCUAGCUAGCCUUGUAAACUGCUCUGUUCAGGGUCAGGUGGUGAGGGAUGUCUCCACACCAUCCUCAGAGUCAUCCAGGAAGGAGUUGGAGAAGCCUGAAGUAGAAAUCCUUUCCUCCGAGGGUGCUGGAGAGCUUCAUUCUUCCCCGGAUGUUUCCACCCCUCCAGGCGGCCCUCUGAAAGCCGAGGUGGGGGAAGUGAUCCAGACGGUUGUGCAAGAGAUGAGUGUGGAUCCUUCCGCUGCCCAGGGGAUUCAGGGGAAUGCAGACACCCCAGUGGAGACUCCUCUGACAGCUGAAGAUUUUUCCCCUUCUCCUGUUGUACAAACCUUUAGUGAGGCAAAGGAAGCAAGCCCAGAAUCAGAGUAUGAGGGGAAGCAUUACCAGCUGAAUUUUCUUCUAGAAAAUGAAAAAAUCUUCUCAGAUGCACUCUUGAUUACCCAGGAUGUUUUAAAAAGACUAGAAGAAUGUUCAGAAAUUAAAGGUGCACAGAAGGAGACCAUAAUGGGAUGUCUUGUGGGUGAAGAAGGACAGUCAGCAUUCCAGAGAAUCCUGGAUAAAGUAAGAAGUGAGAGCCUGGAUGUUCAGACUGUCGUGUCCCUGUUGAGGCUGUUCCAAGAUUCUAAUCCUGCGGUAAAGACAACACUGUUAGACAGACAGCCAGAGGCUGUAGAAGCAGUGCAGCCAAAAGCUCUUUCUCCCCCAGGGAGCACAGAGGAGGGAAAGACCUUGUCUGUUCUGUUACUAGAACACAAAGAGGACCUGAUCCGGUGUGUAACACAGCUGAGACCUAUUUUGGAGUUCCUGGAAACGGGCGAGGAGGAAUUCCUGACUGACUCUGAGAAAAGGGUGAUUCUGAAUUGCUGUGAGGGUGGAACACCCAAGGAGACAAUAGAAAAUUUGUUGCACAGAAUGACUGAAGAGAAGACCCUGAGCGCUGAGAGUUUGGUAAAACUCCUUCAGGCUGUGAAGAUGACAUUCCCAAACUUGGGCCUUCUGCUGGAGAAUUUGCAGAAAUUAGCUGCUUUGCCGAGCACCACAGUCCAAGCAAGCCCUGAUGAUUAUGGGAUUGAACUAUUGAGGCGGUAUCACGAAAACCUCUCAGAGAUUUUCACAGACAACCAGAUGUUACAAAAAAUGAUCCCACAUGUGAAGAGUUUAACCCCUGGAGAAAGAGAGGUCAUGGAGAAGCUUGUGAAACGUGACUCUGGUUCAGGUGGUUUCAGUGCUCUGAUGUCAGCAGUUCUAGAAGAGCAGACUCUCUCUGCAGCAGCCAUUUGGCGACUGCUGCUGGUGGCUCAGGAGACAAAGGCCUGCCCAUUGAACCUGCUCACGGAGGAAAUACGAAGGGAGCCUGGCGCAGACGCUUACUUCCGGGCAGUGAUGACCCCAGAAAGUGCUGCCUUCGAAACCAUCCUGAGGCAUCACAGGUUGAUCCUAGAGGCCAUCCAGCAAAGGGCUGAACUCAAGUGCUUGGCCUCAGAGGAAGAGCGCCUGGCAGAGACUGUGAAAGAGAUUCUGAGCAUUUCCUCUGAGACAGCCAGCCCUGAAGCUUCCCUGAGAGCAUUGCUGAGCAGAGCCAUGGAAAAAACCACCUCGGCCAUUGAAAUAUGUCAGCUCCUGUGCAGCAUCCACAGAUCUUUCCCAGGCCUGCAGCCUGUCAUGCAGGAGUUGGCGUAUGCCGGUUUCCUUACUGAGGAAAAGGGAGAGAAGGAAAGGUGGAUGGUGAGUAAUAAAUUUCACCUUGAAGCCAAGGACAAAGCAGAUGAAAAGGCGGCUGAGCCAGCUGAAGAAAACUGCCAGCCUGGGAAACAGAACGGUCAAGGAGAGACUGGUUCCUUGCCAGAACAACAAGAGAAAGAUACUUCUGCCUCCCCAGACUCUGCCAAGAAGAGCUUCGUCUGUAAGGCCUGCGACAAGAGCUUCCAUUUCUACUGCCGCCUCAAGGUGCACAUGAAGCGCUGUCGGGUGGCCAAGAGCAAACAGGUGCAGUGUAAGGAGUGUAACGAGACCAAGGACUCUAAGAAAGAGCUGGAGAAACAUCAGCUGGAGGCCCAUGGUACAGGUGGAGAGCCUGACGUCCCCAAGAAGAAGAAGAAGAGGCUUCCAGUGACAUGUGACCUCUGUGGAAGAGAAUUUGCUCAUGCCUCAGGCAUGCAGUACCACAAACUGACGGAGCAUUUUGACGAGAAGCCGUUCUCCUGUGAGGAGUGUGGGGCAAAGUUUGCGGCCAAUUCUACCCUGAAGAACCACCUUCGCCUUCACACUGGGGACCGUCCAUUCAUGUGCAAGCACUGCCUCAUGACCUUCACCCAGGCCUCUGCCCUGGCCUACCACACCAAGAAGAAGCACUCAGAAGGAAAAAUGUAUGCGUGCCAGUACUGUGAUGCUGUGUUUGCCCAGUCCAUUGAGCUGUCCCGCCACGUGAGGACCCACACCGGGGACAAGCCAUAUGUCUGCAGAGAUUGUGGCAAGGGCUUCCGGCAAGCCAAUGGCCUCUCUAUCCACCUGCACACCUUUCACAACAUAGAAGAUCCAUAUGACUGCAAGAAGUGCAGGAUGAGCUUCCCCACUCUGCAGGAUCACCGAAAGCACAUCCACGAGGUGCACUCCAAGGAGUACCACCCCUGCCCCACGUGUGGGAAGAUCUUCAGCGCCCCUUCGAUGCUGGAGCGGCACAUGGUGACCCACGUCGGAGGGAAGCCCUUCAGCUGUGGGAUCUGCAACAAGGCCUACCAGCAAUUGUCUGGUUUGUGGUACCACAAUCGGACCCACCACCCUGACGUGUUUGCUGCUCAGAACCAUCGAUCUUCCAAGUUCUCGUCACUCCAGUGCAGCUCCUGUGACAAAACCUUUCCCAACACCAUUGAACACAAGAAGCACAUCAAAGCAGAGCAUGCAGAUAUGAAGUUCCAUGAAUGUGGCCAGUGUAAGGAGCUCUUCCCCACGCCAGCUUUGCUGCAGGUUCACAUCAAGUGCCAGCAUUCAGGGUCACAGCCGUUCCGGUGUCUGUACUGUGCAGCCACUUUCCGCUUUCCCGGGGCGCUGCAGCACCACGUCACCACUGAGCACUUCAAGCAGUCGGAGAGCACCUUCCCCUGUGAGCUCUGCGGGGAGCUCUUCACCUCCCAGGCCCAGCUGGACUGUCACUUGGAGUCUGAACACCCAAAGGUGACGGGCACUGAAAGCCAAGUGGCCGCCUCACAGAUGGUGCAGGUGAUCCAAACCCCAGAGCCGGUGGCCCAGACGGAGCAGGUGAUCACUUUGGAGGAGACCCAGCUUGCUGGUUCACAGGUGUUUGUGACGUUGCCAGAUUCGCAGACAUCCCAGACCAGCUCUGAGCUUGUGGCAGUGACCGUGGAGGACUUGCUAGACGGUACCGUGACCCUAAUCUGUGGGGAGGCCAAGUGAGUGGCUGCUCAUCGUGGAGGGUCCUACGUUUGCAAUAGAGAGAAUGCUCCACACUUGCCUUUUGCCCUUCCUCCCUCGAUGUCCUGAGUAUUGAGCAUCUUAGCUUAGCACCAACCUAAGUGGUCUCACUUGGGAAACGGACAGAAGCAUCCUGGUUCUCAUAAAACCAAGUCUGAGUCAUCAACACCAACGCGACCGCCCUCCGUAGCAGGCAGGCCUGUUCCUCACAGGCCUGCUGCUGUGGCCUCUCUGACACUGUCCAUCCCCAAGUGGAGUAUAGCUUCUGAAAUAGAGCCUGAAAGAGCAGUGGGAUAGGAGCUGGUGACCAGAGUAACCAGAGCGGUGUGAUGUGCUGGCAGCCCUCAGCAUGCAGACCAGCAGUUCAGUGCAGGACAGUGGCCCACAGAGUGGGGCUGCAGGUGCUGCCAGUGCCUUCUGGCCAUUUAAAAAUGAGAGAAAAUAGGGGGCUUCCCUGGUGGCGCAGUGGUUGAGAGUCCGCCUGCCGAUGCAGGGGACACGGGUUCGUGCCCCGGUCCGGGAAGAUCCCACAUGCCGCGGAGCGGCUGGGCCCGUGAGCCAUGGCCGCUGAGCCUGUGCGUCCAGAGCCUGUACCCUGCAACGGGAGAGGCCACAACAGUGAGAGGCCCACGUACCGCAAAAAAAAAAAAAAAGAAAAGCACCAUCAGACCAUCUGGGGAUUCCCAGCCUUGAGCACACUCAGCACCUUCCUCACGUCUGUCAUCCUUCCAGCCUCCUCUCAUGGUGGCAGUAGGACAGGUAGCAGCAUGCUGACACAGGAAGGCUUCAUUUCCAUGCUGAGUCCCACCUUGUCAGUAUAGUCAGCCAUUCCCAAAACAAAGCCUUUGGAGUGUUUCUUCUGGGAGUGUUCAGUGUGAGGCCAUCUAGCUGCAAACCGUCUCUGCCUUACCAGGAAACUCUUCGUGGUAUUCUGCACCUGAGGCUGGUUCCCAUAGCUUUUCUGUGGUGUCCUCAAUCCCCUUUCCCUAAUCAAAGCCUAAAGCUUCUACCCAACCUGGAGGCCUCGUCCCCUCCCUGAGGAGCAUGUGAUACAUGUAACGUAGCAGUGAACCAGCGCCAGGUGGAGUAGCACCCGUGGUGGCCCCUGAGUCUUCCUCCUGCCAGGGUCUUCCCUUCCUGUGAGUAGCCUGUUGUCUGAGCUCUUUCCAGCUGCCACUGUGACUGCAGGUCAGUGAUCCUUUGGAGUCUGAAUUUUACAAAGCUUUUUCAUCUUCAAUUCCUAAAAUAUAAUCUGAUAAUUAAUGUUUAUGGAAUCCAUUAUGAAGUGCAAUUAGAUGGAAGGAAUGACUAGCAUUUAUCUUCCUUUCCCUGAUGGCAGAAGGUUGAAGUCUGCUAGGGCAGUGUUUACACACCCAGCACGGCUCCCUGCCACCUUGUGUGGUUGACCCCCUGCGGAAGGUACUGCCCAGUUUGAUCACUCACCCUCAAAAUACAGGCUGGCAGAAGACAAGGCCACCCCUUCUUUCUAAGCACAUUUCACAUCACCAGUUACCAGCAGGGGAGGGGUCGAUCUGGGUCAUGGUCGCUACCUCUGUCGCCAUCACACGUUGCCGGAAGGGCAGAAGGUGGGACCUUAACACUGCCAGUGUGUCUGCUGGCAUCCAUCCUGCUCUGUGCAGGCAGCUGGGCCAGCUCACCCCGCCUCCAGUUGUGUGCUCAUUUUAUGUGCAAAUCACUUGAGCUUGUUGGCUCAGAGAUCGUCCCAUUCUGAAGUAAAUGAAGUUUUCAGAGGCCGAUAACUGACCAGAAGAUGGUGCUCAAACCUUUAAGACUUUGCCUCCCUGUGAGGCCCUCACUGCUUCUGCCAAGGCCGUCUCUGUCUUCUUAAGGGUUUUCAGUUCUGUGAGCUGUCGGACCGGGAUUGCUCUUGAUCAGCAAGUGAUGAGAUGGCACCGAAUCUCCCCUUAGCACCAGAUAAAACCCAUUGAAAGAGUGGAGCAGCCCUGCUUACAGGGCACGGAGGCCAAGCCCGGCAGAUAGUGGGAAUCGCAGCGUUAUCAAAACUUCUUCCAGCCAAAAAAAACCAAAAUAAAUUUAAAAAUUAAUUGCUGAGGACCUGUAGGGGAAAGUGAUUUUUCUUUUUAAAAAGUCUUCUGAAUAAAGAAAGCUAUAAGCUUUAAACCCAACUUCCAGAUCCUUUCAAGUACUGAGGCACCCUUUCUCAGGUUGCUGGUAGAGACCCAGAUCGUGGCAGGACACUCGUUUUCUUCAGAAUCACCAGACUCACAACUCACUUUGCCAAGAGCAGACAGAGCAGUGGGCUAUGCUGCCGGCUGCACCCUCACCCUGUGGCACAGCCAGCAGGAGCACGAGGCCUGUGCUGGUUCUGGUCAACAUGAGCGAAAGGUCCGCCCCGAAUUUCGUCUCUGCUCCGAGUGGGCCUCGGCAAGCUGCUGCGCCAACAGCGCUUUCACAGCGCUGCUGCCUAGAGACGCCCAAGCCUGGACUUUAUCGUAGGAAGACUUUUUCUAGCCCUACUUGGCCACUUUAUUCUUUUCUCCCACUUCUGCCCAAGAGACCUUCUGCAUUGCUGCCACGGAGGACAUGUUACCGGGGUCCCCUUCUCCACAUCACUUGCUCUCAUGUGGCAGUGGUGGUCUCUGCCUUAUUGCCGUGAUGCUGCCCUUGUGGCCUCAGGGCUGAACCCUGGGGGCACUGGCAGUGGUGUAGAGGAGUCUGUGGACUGCUUGGAACGCAUAUUUAUUCAGUAAGACCCCAACUCUUCUCUGCCUCCAGAGCUUAUGAAACACCUGGUGAGGAGGAAAGGGCAGACAGAUUCCAAGCUGGAGUCUGAUUCCGUGGGGAUCACUUAUGGAACGGCAUUUGCCCAUCCCUGGUGAGUGAGACAGACAGCAGAUAGAUGGCUCAAGAGCGAGGAUCGCUCUGGGAAGAUGGGACUGUGCAGUGUGUGAGCAGAGCCUGAGGGGCAGCAAAGGGGCAGAGACUUGUUUAUUUUAUAAAGCCUGAGUCCAGCAAGUGCCGCAGUCUACUGUGUGAAUGCCAGGUUCCCUGGUCAUUCAUGUCCUCUGAGGAAGCUGUCUGACUCUCCCCUCCCACCAGCCAUGGAGUGUAUUUCAGCUUCAUCCCCCAGGGAAGAGCCCUGAGAGUCGCGGACUGAGGGUGAAAUAGAUCCAGUCAAACGGGUAAAUGGGGAGACAAGGGCCCUGUUCUCUGCUUAUGGUGUAAAUCGAGGAGAAGGAUGAGAUGGGCCCAAAGAGUUUCUCUACCCCAGGUGAUGUUGCAGUCACCAUAGGCUGAUUACUUAUUAAUAAUAUGGGGUGGGGGAUUUAACUCUCAUGUGCCUGAGAUCUAAGAAUUGACUAAGGGUUGGAGGAGCUGCAAGCCUUACCUAGCAUGGUUCUAGGGAACAAGCAAUAUUUCUAUUAAAUUGGGACUAGGAAGUUGGACAGUGGUGGAGAAAAUCCUGGGAUGCUUUAACCAGUCCUCCCAAAGGAAGACUUCAGCAGCCCCUGCCCUGCUCCGCUUGGCCUAGUGUAUUGCAGGGAUACUUGGGAAGUAGGGAGAAAGUGGGAGUGAAAGAAAAAUUAGGGGUUGAAGGGAGUAUUUUGUCGCCAUGGAAAACCUUGGGGCUGGUAGGACUUGGGCCAGAAGCACAGCCAGAACUCAGAAACUUGCUAUACCUGUGACUUGGCCUGUAAGGAAGGGAGAAGUUGCUGUGCUUCGGGGAUUACAUUGUUGGGAAAAAAAAAAAAAUUAUCCCAUCAGCUAAUUUAGAUUGCUUCCAAAUCAUGGAAAUGUUGCAUCAUUUCCCUUACAAAGGCCAGUCACACCUGCUACCACCCACGGUCAGGACAGGGUGCACAUGUCAGGCCAGGUCAGCCAGCACACUAUGGCUGUUUAAAUUGGAUUACAAACCAUUGUUCGUGUUCAACUUGCACUACUCUAUGUAAAUAAAAUAUGUACUUUGAAAAAAA